AUGGCGGCGGCGCUCGCCUCCUCCCGCUGCUGCUGCAGCCGCCCGUCGCUGCCGCCCCUACCGACCCGCGGCCGCCGCUCCGUCGCCCGCUGCGCGCUUUCCGGAGGAGAGAAAAGAAACCCCUUAAGCUGGAAAGAGUGUGCAAUUUCUGUUGCAUUGUCAGUUGGACUAAUUACCGGUGCACCAACGUUUGGGUCACCGGCGUAUGCUUCUCCUCUUGAACCUGUUCUUCCAGAUGUCUCUGUUCUGAUCUCUGGACCUCCCAUUAAAGAUCCAGGUGCUUUAUUGAGAUAUGCUUUACCAAUAGAUAAUAAAGCUAUUCGUGAAGUUCAAAAGCCACUGGAGGAUAUCACUGACAGCCUCAAGGUUGCUGGUGUUAGAGCUUUGGAUUCAGUUGAAAGAAAUAUCAAGCAAGCAUCAAGAGCACUGAACAAUGGGAGAAGCUUAAUUCUUGCUGGUCUUGCUGAACCAAAAAGAGCAAAUGGAGAAGAGUUAUUGAAUAAGUUGGCUGUUGGACUUGACGAGCUUCAAAGAAUUGUGGAGGACAGAAAUAGGGAUGCAGUAGCUCCAAAGCAGAAAGAGCUUCUCCAGUACGUUGGAACUGUAGAAGAAGACAUGGUUGAUGGCUUUCCGUAUGAAAUACCAGAAGAGUACAGCACCAUGCCUCUUCUCAAAGGAAGAGCUACCGUGGAUAUGAAGGUUAAAAUUAAGGACAAUCCCAACAUAGAAGAUUGUGUAUUUCGGAUAGUUCUGGAUGGAUAUAAUGCUCCUGUGACUGCUGGGAACUUCAUAGAUCUGGUCGAACGGAAAUUCUAUGAUGGCAUGGAAAUCCAAAGAGCUGAUGGCUUUGUUGUUCAAACUGGAGAUCCAGAGGGACCAGCUGAGGGUUUCAUCGAUCCCAGCACUGGCAAAAUUCGUACAGUACCUCUUGAAAUAAUGGUUGAUGGUGAUAAGGCUCCUGUAUAUGGUGAAACACUUGAAGAACUUGGCCGCUACAAGGCUCAAACAAAGCUUCCUUUUAACGCUUUUGGAACAAUGGCUAUGGCUAGAGAAGAAUUUGAUGACAAUUCUGCUUCUAGUCAAGUAUUUUGGCUCUUGAAAGAGAGUGAGCUAACACCAAGCAAUGCCAAUAUAUUGGAUGGGCGGUACACGGUAUUUGGAUAUGUAACUGAGAAUGAGGAUUACUUGGCGGAUGUCAAAGUUGGGGAUGUCAUCGAAUCAAUCCAAGUCGUCUCAGGCUUGGACAACCUUGUCAACCCAAGCUAUAAAAUUGUAGGAUAA